GCAUUACGUCAUCGCGAGGCCACAUACUGGAGGCAAGUGCUGCCUCUGUUCUCCUCAGCCAGUAGCUACCCGAAAAUUUCCACAACACAAGCUUUGCAGGAGAGCGGCACAAGAUCGGCCGCUUCGUGCAGUGAUGCAGCACCCUACACCAAAGAAACCCUGAUCACACCGCAGGACAAACACGACCGGCUGUCGGAUUCUUGGAUGGAAAAACAGUGAUGUUGCAUGACAUGUCCUCGAAAUAAAUGGUGAAUGAUUGAAGACUUCGAGUCGAGCGGUGACAACAUGGCAGAUCGAAGGCAACUGUUUGUCGAGAUGAGGGCUCAAGAUUUGGACUCUAUACGAUUAUCGACAUACAGGACAGCCUGCAAACUCAGAUUUGUGCAGAAGAAAUGCAAUUUGCAUUUGGUUGACAUUUGGAACAUCAUCGAGGCUUUCCGAGAGAACGGCAUCAACAACAUGGACCUCAGCGCCGAGCUCUCUGUGGCUCGUCUAGAAGUAGUACUGUCCACCAUUUUUUACCAGCUGAACAAGCGCAUGCCCACCACCCACCAAAUCAAUGUGGAACAGUCCGUCAGCCUGCUGCUCAACUUCCUACUGGCAUCCUAUGACCCGGAGAGCCAUGGCAAGAUAUGUGUCUUUGUUGUGAAGAUGGCCGUAGCAACAAUCUGUGGAGGGAAAAUCCUGGAUAAAUUAAGAUAUAUUUUUUCCCAGAUAUCCGAUUCCGCUGGGAUAAUAGUGCACUCGCAGUUUGACCAAUUUCUGAGGGAGGUGCUCAAAUUACCCAUGGCAGUUUUUGAGGGACCUUCUUUUGGUUACACCGAACAAGCUGCAAGAACGUGCUUUACACAGCAGAAAAAGGUCACCCUUAAUACAUUCCUCGAUACGUUGAUGUCAGACCCGCCCCCUCAGUGUCUGGUGUGGUUACCUCUCAUGCAUCGGCUCGCCAACGUGGAGAACGUCUUUCACCCGGUCGAGUGCUCCUACUGCCGUACUGAGAGUAUGAUGGGCUUCCGCUACCGCUGCCAGCAAUGUCAUAAUUACCAGCUCUGUCAGGACUGCUUCUGGAGGGGGCAUGCCAGCGGUUCCCAUAGCAACCAGCACCAAAUGAAGGAGUAUACGUCAUGGAAAUCCCCUGCUAAGAAGUUAUCCCAUGCCUUCAGUAAAUCACUGAGCUGUGCAUCCAGCAGAGAGCCUCUUCACCCCAUGUUUCCUGAAAUGCCAGACAAACCUCUCAACCUAGCUCAUAUUGUAGAUACGUGGCCACCGAGACCAGUGAACAUCACCAAUGACUACUCACUCUCCCACUCCAUGCCUACAUCAGGGAACCCUUACUCCACCAAAAACAAGAGUAAUGAUGUUGAGAAAAGAAAGCCUUUGACUGAGGUUGCCCCACAUCUGUUGAAAGGGAGAGGGUUGAGCUACAACCUCGAUGUUGCCAAUAGACUUUCAGACGAACAUGUUCUGAUUGGCCUCUAUGUGAAUCUACUCCAAAACGACCCCAAAACAUGUUUGCUGGUGAGCAGUAGCUAUCAAGAUGAAGAGCACAGUCUCAUCGCCCGCUAUGCUGCUAGACUGGCUGCUGAUGCCGCGGCUCAUCAGCAGAGGAUCCCCACAGACCUCCCCUGCUCUCUGGAUGCCAACAAACAGCAGAGGCAGCUCAUUGCCGAGCUUGAAAGCAAAAACAGAGAAAUCCUGCAGGAAAUCCAGCGGCUGCGCCUUCAGCAUGAGGAGGCCUCCCAGCUGCCACCUGACAGGGGUCAGCAGAACCCCACUCUUCUGGCUGAACUACGACUUCUCAGGCAACGCAAAGAUGAGCUUGAACAAAGAAUGUCUACUCUGCAGGAGAGUCGCAGGGAACUCAUGGUGCAGCUGGAGCAACUAAUGAUGCUUCUCAAGCUGGAGGAGGAACGGAAACAAGCCACUCAGGGUACCGGCUCUCCACGCUCUUCCCCCAGCCACACCAUCAGCCGGCAGAUCCCCACACCAAUCUACUCUGACUCUGCCGGCACGACCCCGACUCACACACCUCAGGACUCACUCAUGGGCGUGGGAGGGGAUGUUCAGGAGGCCUUCGCUCACGGUCCAAGGAGAAAUUUGAGAAACGACCUUCUUAUUGCUGCUGACUCCAUCACCAACACAAUGUCAUCGCUGGUUAAGGAACUCAAUUCAGAGGGUGGAAGUGAGACUGAGAGCACUGCGGAUUCAGACUUUGGACGUGGUGACCUCUUGCCCACAACCUCUUCAGAUCCCUUCUACACAUAUAAACCAAGGAGUGCCAGCGCUGCAGAGGACGAGAGCUUUGAGAACGAGAGCUUUGAGAACGAUCUGGAGCAGCAGCUGGAAGACGAGCUCAAGUUGGAGGAGUUCAUGAAGCACAGGCAGGAACCAGACAAAGCGUGCAUGGUGACACUGCAGCCGUGACCGUGUUAGUCCAGGUGACUGGCGAGUAAUAUGAAAAGCAACAAUAGUAGAAGACACUGGACGAGACGACACUGGGCCGACACAGAGCACUGAAGAUAUGAAGAAUUUAAGUUGAAUAAAUGGCUGAAUCCAACCAUAGAUUACAUUUAUGUAAAGAUAUAUUUUUUAACCAACCACAUAUUUAAGGUAAUACUGUGAGCUGAUAUAAAGAGAUUAAUUAGGGAGUUGUCUAUUACACCACAGGUGCCAUAAAAAACAAAUGUACUACACUUCAAAUUCUCAUGUUUCUGCAAACAGUGAACCAGAUGUAAGUGUUUGUUUGUCUUCUGAUUUAAGGUAUAAAUCUGCAUUGGAGUUAAAGUUAUAGAUACAAUUUGCAAUAUUUUAUAAUUUUACAACUCCAGAUUUAGUCCAUAGAUUUCUUACAGUUGCUGUUGAGUGGCUAUUGUUUUUUGACUUGUUUUUCAAGCAGUCCGAUCAGAUAAGUUUAUUUUAUUUGAUACAUUAAUGAUAAUAAUGCACACAUGCCUUAGCUGAUUGGAUGACCUCUCAAAGGAACUCAUUCAAACUGUCAAUGCAGCAUGUAGCGAACAACAAAACACCUGUUCAGCAGAAAUGCUCGUUGUCUUUACCGGACAAAUGAGGUUAAACUCAUUAAAUCUGAUGCUGGGAAGGGAUUUUCUCUGCUAAUAUGUACUCUGUCUACAUAUAAACUGUCACUUAAAUGUAAAAUAUAGAAGGAUUAGUUAUGAUAUCUGGAAGUGUUUUAAGGUACAGUGAAAACGAUGUAACACAGAGACUUCCAAAUAACUCAAAUUCAAAGGUUUACACUGCUAAGGGCAUUGAACAACAUGUGUUUACUAUCAAUGGUUUAUGAAUUAAGGUAAAAUCAUUUGCCAUUGUUUCAUAUGUUAGCGUUGAUGCUCUCACACACAAACCUCUGUGUGACUUGCACACCAAACACACACACACUUGAUGUAUUUUCUGAGCGUGCGUGAAACUUUACUCAGUCACUUUAGGAAAAGUGGCAAGCCAAUCUAAAAUCAUAAAUGUGUGAAAUAUAUCUAGUUUGAUUUUUGAGCAAGUUCAUAGCAGUGAUUUUGCAUGGUGGUGAUGCAUAAUAAAGUGUUGACACAAUAUCACAAUU